AUGUUCCUGGCGACCCUGUACUUCGCACUGCCGCUUCUGGACGUGCUCCUGUCGGCCGAGGUCAGCGGCGGGGACCGCCUGGACUGCGUGAAAGCCAGCGAUCAGUGCCUGAAGGAGCAGAGCUGCAGCACCAAAUACCGCACGCUCCGGCAGUGCGUGGCGGGCAAGGAGACCAACUUCAGCUUGACCUCGGGCCUCGAGGCCAAGGACGAGUGCCGCAGUGCCAUGGAGGCCCUCAAACAGAAAUCGCUUUACAACUGCCGCUGCAAGCGGGGCAUGAAGAAGGAGAAGAACUGCCUGCGCAUCUACUGGAGCAUGUAUCAAAGCCUGCAGGGAAAUGAUCUGCUUGAAGAUUCCCCGUAUGAGCCAGUGAACAGCAGAUUGUCUGAUAUAUUCCGGGUGGUCCCAUUCAUACCAGUGGAGCACAUCUCGAAAGGGAACAACUGCCUGGACGCCGCCAAGGCCUGCAACCUGGACGACACCUGCAAGAAGUACAGGUCAGCCUACAUCACCCCCUGCACCACCAGCAUGUCCAACGACGUCUGCAACCGGCGCAAGUGCCACAAGGCCCUCCGGCAGUUCUUCGACAAGGUCCCUGCCAAGCACAGCUAUGGGAUGCUCUUCUGUUCCUGCCGGGACAUCGCCUGCACAGAGCGGAGGCGGCAGACCAUCGUGCCCGUGUGCUCCUACGAGGAGAGGGAGAAACCCAACUGCCUGAACUUGCAGGACUCCUGCAAGACCAAUUACAUCUGCAGAUCGCGCCUGGCCGAUUUUUUCACCAACUGCCAGCCAGAAUCAAGGUCUGCGAGCAGUUGUCUAAAGGAAAAUUACGCUGACUGCCUCCUCGCCUACUCGGGGCUUAUUGGUACAGUCAUGACCCCCAACUACAUAGACUCCAGUAGCCUCAGCGUGGCCCCCUGGUGUGACUGCAACAACAGCGGAAACGACCUGGAGGAAUGCUUGAAAUUUCUGAAUUUCUUCAAGGACAACACAUGUCUUAAAAAUGCAAUUCAAGCCUUUGGCAAUGGCUCGGAUGUGACUGUGUGGCAGCCAGCCCUCCCAGUUCAGACCACCACUGCCACCACCACCACAGCCUUCCGGGUCAAGAACAAGCCCCUGGGGCCAGCAGGCUCUGAGAAUGAAAUCCCCACUCACGUUUUACCACCUUGUGCAAACUUACAGGCACAGAAGCUGAAAUCCAACAUAUCAGGCAGUACCCACCUCUGUCUUUCUGAUCGUGAUUAUGAAAAGGAUGGUCUCGCUGGGGCUUCCAGCCACAUAACCACAAAAUCAAUGGCUGCUGCUCCAAGCUGCGGUCUGAGCGCACUGCUGGCCCUGGUGGUAACUGCCCUGUCCACCCUGUUGUCUUUAUCUUUGGCCGAAGCAUCGUAG